AACCCUGGUUUCUGGUAGGUGGUACGUUCCACAGCAAACGUAAAACCCAGAGGCAGGCGUGCAGGUUUCUGCAUCAGAAAUAGAGUUCUGCAUUGUUCGUGUCUGCUUUAUUGUAGCUGGUGAUAAAGAGACUACGUUAAUACGUUAAUACGUUAAAACGUGGAAAUUUCACAAGGAAGCUGUCCAUGCCAAGCCUAGCGUUACUGCUGUGUCCGUGUGUUGUCGCGGUAGUGGUGCACCUCUGGAUGGUGGUAAACAAAACUGCCUUGUUUCUGGAUCUCCUGCAUACAGACCAACAGAUCCAUUCUUGUGAAGUUCUAGUGGGAGUACUUUCGGCUCGUAACAACUAUGAUCUCAGAAACGCAAUAAGGAAUACCUGGCUUGGGCACCUGAAGCAUCAUCCUGAGUUGCAACACCGCAUUCUUGUGAAGUUUAUUGUUGGCACAGAUGGCUGUGAUAUACCAGAGGAGGAUAGGGAAGACACAUAUUCAUGCAAGCUUCCUAAUCUCACUCUUCCAGUGAUCGGGCAGGAAAUUGAGGCCGUGAGUGUGCCUGACGAAAGUGCUUACAUCCCAUCAGAGGCUUCUGUUGUCAGUGUUGAAUUUAAGGUCCUUCACACCAUAGUAAUCAGCCGGCUUGGGGUAUUCCCAGAUGAAAAGGAUUUGGCUUUCAGAAGAAAUGUCACUGUCAAACUUUACCAGCUGGAGCAAGAGGAAGCUAUCAUUACUGCUCGGUUCAGCCCCAUCAGUUUUGGAGUCAGUAUCAAUGGACUGUGGUACAAACCUGUGGAGCAGUUCAUUUUGCCAAAGGGAUUCGAAGGCACACUUGUCUGGGAAAGCCUAGACUCUGAGGGCCUCAAUACAGUAGAUGUCACUGGUGUUACGUUUAACAGUGGAGGUGGUGUGUUGAGAAUUGCCAUACUUGAAGAGGGUGUCUUACCGCACCGAAGUACCCAGGGCAUUCCCGGACUGGCUGGAGGAUUUACUUACACUAUAUACGAAGCUGAAUCACUGUCUCAGUUGCUCAAAGGGCGUCCUGAGCGGAUGAGAAGUCACUCUGCUGUACUGAGAGAGGAGGACGCUUUGCUGGAGGAGGAGAGCCGCACACAUCAGGACAUUGUUUUCGUUGACGUGAUCGACACCUACAGAAACGUGCCUUCUAAACUACUGCGCUUUUACGAGUGGUCUGUUAAAAAUACAGAUUUUGAUUUGUUGCUAAAAACUGAUGAUGACUGUUAUAUUGACAUGGAUGCUAUGGUAAAAAAGAUAGAGCACAAAGGCUUGAAGAGAAGGAAUUUUUGGUGGGGAAAUUUCAGGCAGAGCUGGGCAGUGGACCGGACUGGGAAGUGGCAGGAGCUAGAGUAUGCAAGCCCUGCAUACCCAGCCUUUGCCUGUGGCUCAGGUUAUGUUGCUUCUAAAGACCUCAUUCAGUGGCUGGCAAACAAUAGUGAAUACUUGAAGUCAUACCAGGGUGAAGAUGUCAGUAUGGGAAUUUGGAUGGCCGCUGUUGGACCUCAUAAAUUCCAGGACAGUGGCUGGUUGUGUGAGAAGGAGUGCCAGGCAGACAUGCUCUCCUCCCCUCAAUACUCUGCAGAGGAGCUGGCUGAACUGUGGAGCAGGAGAGUGUCCUGCGGGAAUCCGUGUGCUUGUCAGGAAGAUCAAGGCUGAGUUAGUGAGCAGGUGCUAUGGCAACAUGAAUAAACAUGUCUUUAAAAUCCAAAGAUGCGAUGCACGCUCUAGAAUGGAAAGGUUUGAUCUGGCCUCUUCGUUGAAUUGAACAGCUUGCUGCAGGUGCUGCUUAGCAGGGUAGUUUGAAAGAAAUCCAAAUUAGAUGGGGGGAGGUGGAUUUCAGAAUGAGUCUACAAAAUAUAGAUGGGAUUCCAUCAGAGUGGUAACCAUAACCAGCAUUUUUAGCUUUGGUGUCUGCAAAUGAACUGUACAUCCUGAGAAAGUAUCAUGAUAUACACCAUCAAAUAAUGUUAUUUUCCCCAUACAAACUUGGGUAACACGUUAAAAUAAGUGUCUGUUCAUGAUUAUUUUAUGUGUAUUAAGGGAAAUGUUAUGAAGUCAUGAAAAGUAUGUCAUGAACUCAUGCUUGUGACUUUUAAAUUCAAUAGGAAUUAAAUUUGAAAUCGGUAGGAAAACACGUGUUAGUUACAUUGGAAUUAGAUGCUUAAAGUGUUACCCAAACUUGUCUCAAGCCCUACUAUAGAAAAGAGCUGUAGAGAAGGAAUAUGCUUAUUCUGUGGUGUAAAUAUUUGCAGAAGUUUUGUUUUUACCAAACAACUGGGACGAAAAACAUGCAGUUUACGGGUAUGCUUUGUAUGGAUCUGACCUUUCCUUGCAAAUAGCUGCAGUGUUUUAUUUAAAACAAACUAACCAGCCUACUAAGAAAUGUAGCCAUUUCUUCUGGUCUGAUUCAAACCAACCUUUUUUAUUUUUAUAUUGUAAAUCAGCCAAUUAAAUACAUUUAGUGAAGGGAUUAGGGGAUAAAUAAUAAUUGCUAUUGAGAUUUAAGUGACUGCAGCUAUGAAGAGUGAAACUGUCUUGUGUCGGUUACAAUUUGUUCAAAUCUGCAUUGGCUAGCUAGCCACCCCUUUAACUUGGUGAUAAAUUGGAUGAUGCAUUAAGAACUUUGUGUGUCCAAUGGCUAUCUAAAGAAACAAUCACAAAAUAAAAAUGUUAAACAUAUUUCAUGUAUUUUAACAAACAGAUGUCAGUUGAAUAAAAUAAAGCUACACUACUAUGACA